AUUGAAGUGCAAUUGUGGGUUAUACUGUUCGACAACUACUUUCAUGUCGGAGUGGAAUACCCAAGCACCCAAGUAAAGGGGCUGAUAGAGCCCUUCUUCAUGAAAAUUUCCCGCCGAAUUUGGCGGUAGAUGCCGCCGCUUUUGUACGCUCCUUCCCUCGAUGCCUACCUCACUGGUCGGUCUUGGCCACGCUUACGCGGUGCAACGUCGUCCUGUACUUCCGCCUUUUAGAAGCCCAACGCCUCAAUCAGUGCCUCUCGAACAUGGGUCAUCAACGGUCCUCGUGUGACCGCUGCAGAGGUCAGAAGCUGCGUUGUCCACGGAACACCCAGGCCGACGAUAGUGAGCCAUGCGCCAGAUGUCUGAGAGUUGGGGUUCAAUGCGUUACUAGCAGUUCUCGACCCCUGGGACGGCCUCGAACAACAGGCAUGGCCCAACGAAGAACCAGAUCCAUCAGGACAAGAAACACGGCACCUAAAGUCAUUCAUAUGGGUUCGACUUCUCCAGGUUUACCAUCAAUGACGGAGGGUCUGGAAGCAUGCUUUGAUCUGUGGACUCCUACGUGCUUAGAUGCGUACCGGGACCAUCUUCCAGAUGCGUCCAACUUGACUACUACCGAUUUCGAAAAUCCGGCACUCAACUCGACAUUCGAGACAAACGCAGAAUGUGCCUUUGAGCUGCAACUGCCAGCUAACGAUGGCCUCUUCGAAGUUGAACAGUUGAUGGAACCUCCCCAACGCCCCCAGGACGACUUUAGUCAGCUGGCCAUUGCCAAAGAUCAUGGACAAGGACCAUCAUCGGAGACGUCGGGACCUGCAGACACACUCACGGCGCUAUCACGACUGAAUGAAGACAUCGCCAGGCAGAUAUCCAGCAUCGAUUCAUACACCUGGGGACCUGUGAAUGCACCGCAGCAUUGUCUCGAUCAGCUGCAUGGAACUCACAGAACCCCCGUGGCCGGGAUGCUAGAAACCACUUCCCGAUUCGUUACUAUUCUUGAAAACUUGCAUUCGUUGUCAUCACCGUCAAACGAAUCUGCCAACAAGUUAGUGGCGGACCUGCCCUCUGUCUCGAACUCUGGAAUCCCAGAUUCAAACUUCGAGCAAAGGGGGACAUUGCCGCCUAUACAUCCACCCUUCACAGACUUGAGGCCCUUGAGCACACCAGUCGUGCUGAUGCUUCUGUCAAGCUACCUCCUGCUUCUGGAGCUCUACGACGCGAUCUUUAGCCGUGUACAUGAUACUCUAUCUAGGUUGGAAGACACCCGCGCCUUCUUUCAAGAAAUACCUGGAAUUCAAGUGGCUGGCCUUUCUUCAAUAAAGGGACAUUUGUACGCCAGAAUCAUCAUCCAAAUUAUUGAGCAUCAUUUCGACCGUCUCGAACGCCUAUUAGGCCUCCCGGUAGAAUUUGGUCUCUCCGGACAGACCCCGCGCUCUAAGGGGUUAUUAGACACUGCGGAUCUAUCUCAUCUUCUACAUGUUGCCAUGACGCAGACGACAGGCGAUCCUGGGACAUCUGGCAGAUUAACACUGAAGUCGUUCAGAGACAAUUUGAAGUAUCUCGAAGCUAUGCUGCCCAGAUAGAGAUGCUGAGACUGUUCUCGCCCAUUUUGAAACCAUUAUUGUCAGAAACGACCAUGAGUGUCCGUUUGUCAAAUUCAAGUCCUGUGAGAAAACGUUUCGAAAGGACGAAAGAUAAUCAAACUACGUCUUCCCUUUAGUCGCACACCUUGUCAACCAUUUCGGAGUCGAGGGUCUCUAGAGAAGUUCCAUACCAUCCCGUUAUCCGAUCAUCGCGAGGAUCGAGGAAGGCCAUACAGCGGCCACCGCUGAAUCGGCCGGAAUCCUUAGCAGCAAGUCUACUUAGCGACCCCUCCUCCUUCCAAGGUCCCUUUUUUGUUCUCCUCCUUUUCCAUGCCGAACUCAGUUUCAAGCUCCUGACGGAGCGGACACUCUUUCUCCAAAAACACAAGCAGAAACCCCAGUGCUGCGAACCCGAUCCCAACCUGCCAUGUCCGGCGGAGGCUCUCAGUCAAUACUGCAAUAAACUGUCCGCGAGUGGAAGCAGAGAGUGUGUUGAGAAAAUCAGCUGUUGCAUGGCCGUAUGCUUGGCCAUUAACCAGUUGCGCUCUGAUGACGGGAUCUGUUAUGACCGCCGUCGCAAGUUCGUCGAAGCGGCUGUUAAAUAUGGCUGCAGGAAUUGCAGUGCCCCAGAUCAGUCCAAAACUGCGCAAGAAGGCCCAGGUCGAUGUGGCAAGUGCUGUGUCGCUUUCUGAGAGCGGCGCCAUUACUGCAGGCAGCAAAGUUGCAAUAAUAAGGCCCGCCCCGGCAGCCCCUAUGAUUUGGUAGCCAACCCAAGCGCCUGUGGAGGUAUUCUGAUCGAGGAGGCCGAAGAGGCCGAAGCUUAUCACCAGCAACGCAAAUCCUGCGUUAUGUACGGGUCGAUAGCGGCCGAAUUUGGACAUUGCCAUCCCUCCCAUUGCAGCAAACGGGAUCAGUACUAGAAUAGUGGGCAGAAGUUGGACUCCCGAGUAUGCGGGUGAUGACCCGAGGACACCUUGAAAAUAGACAGGGAGGAAAUAGACUUGCCACAUGGUGAGUAUGCUGUGCAUCAAGCUGAGCAUGAAUGCGGUGGCCGAUGUACGGUUCGACAUCAGAUGCAGCGGCAUGGUUGGCUGAGGAGCGAAACGAGAACCUUCAAAUGCAAGAAAGCCUGCUAGGCCCACCAAGCCAACCAACAGAGGAACAAGAACAUGGUAUGAUGACCAGGGAUACACGGCGCCAGCCCAGGACAGCGCAACGAGGACCGUGCUGAUGGCUGCGAUGAAGAUAAUAUUGCCAGCCCAGUCAAUCGAGGUCAGUUUGGUGGCGAGGUUGGCGUCUUUGUUCCAUCUCACCUUCAAGAAGGCAACGAGCAGUACCACGGCGACACCGCCGAUAGGAAGAUUGAGGUAAAAGACCCAUCGCCAUGAGGAAUAAUUGACAAUGAGGCCACCGAAGAAUGGUCCAAGAGCCGUACCGAGAGCAACCAGGCCCAAGACGAUGGCCAAGUAGUUACCUCGUUGUCGCAAAGGGACCAAAUCGCAGAUAAUCAUCUCGAUGAGCAUGCCGAUGCCGCCUGCGCCGGCUCCUUGGAUCACACGACCAGCGAUGAGCAUUGCCAUGUUGCUGGCUCCGCCGCAAAUACCGCUACCCAAGACGAAAGCUGUUGUUGCGGCAAUCGUUGGCCACCGACGUCCGAAGACAUUCGCCAGCUGUCCGUAAAGGGGCUGCAAUGACGUCCUAAUAUGGAGACUUCUUGGACUUACAUGGUUAGGAAGUAUCCGUUGACGGCCCAUAUAUACAAGUCGCCGCCGCCGAGCUCCGCGAUGAUUGAAGGCAAGGCUGUGGAUGUGAUGGUUGCUUCCAGCGCCGUAAGCAGACUUGUGAAGCUGAGCGCGACGAUAAUCAUCCAGAACCGCAGCCCUUUCCUCGAUCCAGUCGUUGUGGGCUUGGUCGAGGCCUGUACAUCUUUUGAUACAGCCGUGUCGGCCUCCUUGGUGACUGUGUCUUUGUCCAUGUCGGGACUGGAGUUGAGCUCCGCCUUGUCACGGCAGAGGUCUAUCUCCGAACGCGGAUUUGACCCCGAUUCCUGCCUCUCUUCUUCCGGUGUAUCCAUUCUCUUCUAGAGCGACGCUUUCAGCCUCUAGUAGGACGACAAUGGGGGCAGGGCGUAGUGAACGAUUCAGGUCCCGUUCUUACGAGGUUGAUGGGCCGGCAGGGCGUCAAGGCAGUUCGCGGAUUCUAACCUCAAAGCCGCGAGGUAAGGAAGCAAUGAAAGUCAGAGAUGCAGAAGGUCACACCUAUCACAGUGGCAUUAACGAUUUCGAAAGAGAUUCUACGGGUGCUGCAAAUGCAGACAACAGUCACAAUGUAUAUUCGGAUGCCUUUUCGACCGGAGGCUUUCUUCCUUUUCGGUUCGGAGGCUUUCCACCAUCUCGGAUAUCUUUGACUCCUGCAGGAGGUUGGCUUUGCUUUGUGUCCGCAUUGACGAAGCCAACAAUCUUGCGAAAACAUCUCAAAGGCACAUCCUGUGCCUAACAAUGUUAUAAUCAUGUUCGGAGGUCUCUUAUUGACCUACUAAGUCGCGGAGGGUCUAGCGCCUAGCCCAAGAGGUCGCGAAAGUUACAACGCGCAAUACUUAGGAGUAAGGUCGAGAUGUAGAUGGUAGAGGAGAGUUAGCCGAGUCUGCACGCUGUGCGAUUAGUGAAGCCUAAUAUGCCAUUAGGGUAUUCGAGAACUGAAGCU